AUGUACAACAUACCCACUGGGCCGAGCUACUCCACGCCCAACUCGUACGGCAAGCGCUACAGAGACGACGAAGAUGACAGCUACGACGGCAGCGGGAGAAGCGGCUACAGACGACGUCGAGAUGAUUAUGAGAACUCUCCAUCAGGCUAUCGAGGUGGACGGGCCGGAAGGAGGGGCGGCAGGGGAGGCUUCCAUCGCGACCGCCAGUCUCAGAAUGCUGCGCCUGUCCAGACCUCGCUUGAUCGCUUCAAGGAGGCUUUCUUUGCUUGGGCAGCAGAUAUACCCCAUGAGGAGGACACGAACACGAUCUACCGCGUCGAUUUGGCUGGCCUGAAAGCGAUGAGGAGCUUCAUAGAAAGAGAAUGGACUCCAUCCCGCCCAGACAUCCUCCUUGCCUUUCGACAUGCCAUCACCGAGCAGCCACACAAGGCGCCUCACUUUGCAGCAUUGCUCGCCAUGCUCACCAUUGACCCUCUCCUCGACAUCAAGCCUCUCGUCUCCGUCAGCGCGGGUGAUACCGUCCAGAUCCUCAAUGCCACGCAAAAAGAUCUCCUAGAACCAGCGCGCGUCAUGGUCGGCCUGACUAUCGUCGAAGAUCUCGGAAAGUUUCUGCAAGAUUCCAUCGACGCGCUUGACUUUCGCAGCGCUCGCCUAGUGAUUCAGUUCCUUGCUAUCCUCUCAAAGCUGCCCCGGCCACUUGUGACCGCCGAUAGCUUCCUGUCCACCCUUAACAGCCUAGCAGCGAUCGUGAGCACGCCAGGCCUCGGCAUUCGUCAAGGCGAUCAAUGCGUGCGCUUGCUCGUAGCUGGACUCAUACACUCGGAAGGUGGGGCUUCGAACGAAGCCAAACGCAGUGAAAUUGUUGCUACUCUCCGCCACUACGUCAGCAAGCGAAAGGUCGAUCGCACACUCCUCUCAGCCUCGCCUGGUGCAACGCAGCAAUUGCGUGAUCCUAUUGUUGACGCCGUGGAGGCACUGCAAGACAAGACACCCAUCACUUGUCUGGCCGAAUCCAGCGUACUUUCAUCGAUGGAAGCUGGCCAGCCUUUCAAGCCCAUCGAGCUGCAAGCGGUCACGCUGCCCUCUGGGCCGCAUGACUUUGGCUUUGUCGCGUUCCAGCAUACGCUCUUCGACGACGAGGCAAUCAACCACAUACAGAGUGUCCCGAGCCGAACGAGCAAAGCCGGCUUCAUCCUGCGCAAUUUGGUCAGCGAUCUCAUCGCCAUCUUUGACCCGAAUCGCAAAAUUGGCGCUCGCACGCUUCUCGAUCUGCGUCAGUGGCUACCAGACGGCGUGUUCAAGCCAGCCUCCGGCCCCAGCGAUACCGACUCUGUGCUCUCGCUCGAGAACCUCAUCGUGGAGUCGGUCCUUGCGCAGCUGUUCGCCCUGCCUGCACCAGAACACACAGAGACCUACUUUGGCUCGCUGCUCGUAGAAAUGUGCAUCCUAGCGCCUGCGCUCGUUGCUCCGCCUAUCGGUAAAUGCGUGCGGAAGCUCUUCAAUUCUCUAGGCGCACAGGACGCCUCGUCCGCCCUUUCGCUAGAUGCAGAGGGCGUCCGUCGCUUCGCGUUGUGGUUCUCGCAGCAUGUCAGCAAUUUCAACUUUCAGUGGAAAUGGGCAGAUUGGCAAAAUGACUUGCUGCUGCCCGACUCUCAUCCCAAGAGAGUGCUCAUCGAUCAGCUCAUCUCGCUCGAAGUGCGGUUGAGCUACUUUGAUCGCAUCAAGCUCAGCCUGCCGGAAGCCUAUCACGCCGUUGGUGUCAUGGCAGAAGGCGCUCCCGGCUCCAACUUCGAGUACGAGCAGCCAGCAGACCAUCCUAAUCAUGUCUUUGCGGACAUCGUCGUGGGUGACAUGCGCAAUAGGGCGCCGCCGCACGAGAUUCUGGAGAAGCUCAGCCGACUGCAAGAAGUCCUCAUUGCCGAGCAAGGCCAGGAAGAGCUCGAGGCAGAAUUACGAAAGUGUGAUCUCGCUGUCGAAUGUCUACUUGAGAUUGGCUCUCGCUCAUUCUCGCACACGCUCAAUAUCGUCGAACGCUACCUCGAACUUCUCAGACAGCUAUCGCAUUCGCCACAGACGCGCAUGGCCAUGCUGAGAACGAUUGCGAAGUUCUGGCGAAGACAUCCUCACUACAUCUUCAUCGUCAUGGACAAAUUUCUGCAGUAUCGCAUCGUCACACCUGCCGAUAUCGUUGCCUGGGUUUUCGAGCGCGACGGUGCGCCUGAUCCGACUUGGCAUCACAUCGUCGUCUGGGACAUCUUGCGCGCUACGAUUGAGAAAGUACGAGCUCGUGUCAUCGCGGCAGAGAAGCGUGUCAAAGAGCUCAAGAGCAUCAGCAACUCCAUGGAGGUUGAUGGUCCCCAUGCAGCGGUCGAAGAGCUGCAGCAGGCAGAGAAGAACCUGAAGCUAUUCGAAGAAAACGAGGCUCAAGUCAUGCGCGACUGCGCAACUCGCUUCGCAAAAGCCACAGACAACGUCACACUUGACGAGUGGCAGAGCUGGUGGCUCGACGGUUGGUACCGCCAGUUCGCUCGGCAGUUCUCGAAAGAGAUCACACAUGCUGUCGACAGCACCGACAAGUAUAUUGUUGCUGCAAAGCAGUGGGCACAUAUGAGUGCAUGA